AUGUCUAUGAACGUGACAGAUCAUGGGCUGCAGAAGAGUCUAGAUGAGGACGGCGCUCUCUUUAUCAAGGGACACGGCUCUCAUCUAGAGACAGCCGGCGCUGUCAAUAACGAGGCCCGGAUAGACUUGACUUUUAACGGCAAAAGCUCCCUACAGCAUGCCUUGCAGAAUGCCAUGCCACCCGAAUCUUACACAAACAGCGCGCCUAUACGCCCUCACCUUGGUGCAAGAGCGCCUUGUGCCCUCAAUAUCGUGCUACAGAUUGUCGGCAGCCGAGGCGAUAUUCAGCCCUUUAUCGCGCUUGGUACCGAACUUCAAAAACAUGGCCACCGCGUUCGAGUUGCCUCCCACGAUGUUUUCGCCGACUUUGUACGCCAAUCGAACCUCGAAUUUUACCCGGCCGGCGGAGACCCUUCAGACCUUAUGGCGUACAUGGUCAAGAACCCCAGUCUUGUGCCCUCUGUGUCUUCGCUUAUGGCUGGUGAUAUUGGUCGCAAGCAAGAUAUGGUGGAGGAGAUGUUGGAAAAGUUCUUUCUUUCGUGUAUAGAACCCGACCCUAUCUCAGGGGUCCCAUUUAUCGCCGAGGCCAUCAUUGCGAACCCUCCGAGCUUUGCCCAUAUUCACCUAGCAGAGGCUCUAGGUAUCCCAGUACAUCUUAUGUUCACUAUGCCUUAUAGUCCCACCCGAGCAUUUCCGCACCCAUUAGCGAAUAUCAAGCAGUCGAACCUCGAUCCGAAAGUUACAAACUACCUGUCAUAUGGAAUGGUAGAGAUGCUGACAUGGCAAGGGCUUGGAGAUAUUAUCAACAACUGGAGAAGGAAAUCCUUGAACCUGGACCCCAUCUCAUCUUCCACUGCCGGUGUUCUUCUCAGUGCCCACGAAGUGCCAUAUACAUAUUGCUGGUCUCCUGCCUUGGUACCAAAGCCGUCCGACUGGCCCCCUUACAUCGAUGUCUGCGGCUUUUUCUUCCGGGAGGAACCACAGUACAGCCCGCCUCAACACAUUACAGAAUUUCUGCAAGCAGGGCCUCCCCCAAUCUACAUCGGCUUUGGUAGCAUUGUCAUGGAUGAUUCGGCAAAGAUGACAGACCUGAUCUUGAUGGCGUUGCGAAGAAGUGGUGUUCGUGCCAUCAUUUCCAAGGGAUGGGCCAAACUGGGCGAAGGCCGCAGCGAUGAAAAUGCUUUAUUUAUCGACGACUGCCCUCACGAAUGGCUGUUCAAAUACGUUGCGGGAGUAAUACACCAUGGUGGAGCGGGGACAACGGCAUGCGGCCUACUUAACGCCUGUCCUACAUUUAUCAUCCCUUUUUUUGGAGAUCAACCGUUCUGGGGAGCAAUGGUGGCCAAGGCCGAUGCUGGCCCGUUUCCCGUCAGUCAUAAAGAACUUGACUUGGAAACCCUCACCAAAGCAAUCGAUAUGCUUCUUGCUCCCACUACCAAGGCUGCAGCCGUUCGUAUUGCGGAAACCAUGCGGACUGAAAAUGGGGUCGCACAGGCCGUACAAUCAUUCCAUCAUCAUCUCCCUCAGGAAAAACUGACUUGCGAUUUGUUGCCCGGCGAGGCAGCGGCCUGGACGUACGAUGCUAAGCGAUUGAGCAAGAGUGACCGGAAGAGAUUCAAGGAUGGAUUGAAACUGUCUCCCAGGGCGUUGAGUGUUCUCAGCAAUCGCCAGAAGCUAGACUUGGGUAAAGUGCAACUGAACCACCCGAAGCCGAUCGAGAUCGAGAACCACCGAUGGGAUCCUCUGACUGCGACGUCAUCCGCACUCCUAGGCUCGCUAGUGGACUUUUCCAAGGGCUUCGGAAGCCUGGUCUCGGCCCCUGCCACCAAGAUACGGCAUGAGACUAGGAAGCGGGAGAGGAGAUACGCCGCUACAACAGCGCUCACAGAUUCCUCUCAAGAGCAUGGCUUGGCGCCAAACAUCGAUUCGCAAGAUGCAACUCCGGCAAGCGCUGGCACUGGAGAGCAUAGUCUGGAAGUAAAGCUCGCCGCAUCGUCGAAACCAGCACAAGAAACAUCAUCUUCCAACGCGGGAAUAUCGGCAGGAAAAGGCAUCUCCCAGAUGACGACAAGUGUUCUCAAAGGCACGCUCGUCGACGUGCCUCUUGCUCUUACCGAGGGCUUACACAAUCUACCCGAGCUAUACGGCGACAAGGUCCGGAAGCACAACAAGAUUACAGACUGGAAGAGCGGAACGGCUGAAGCUGGCAAGAACUUUGCAUACAACUUUCUCGACGCAUCCUGGUGUCUUUUCAAACAACCCGUCGUCGACGCAGCCAAAAAAGGCCCUGUUGGUCUUGUGACAGGUCUUGGCAAGGCAGGUUUCGGGCUCAUUACAAAACCCAGCAGUGCUAUGUUUGGCCUGCUGGCAUAUCCUGCACUGGGCAUCUAUAAGAGUAUUGUGGCAAGUCUUUCAAAGACUGAAAAGAAAGUCCUGGAGGCACGACUCGCGCAUGAUGAGUAUUUUGCCCGGAUUGACCCGAUCAGCGAUCAAGAGAUUGCGUCAGUUUUGAGCGCCUUCGGGACUGAGAAGUAG